UAUACUGGCGGCUGAGCUUGCGUAGGGAGAGGGGGUUCCAAAUGUGGCAGAGGCGAGCAGGAGGCAGCGGUGGCGACGGCGGAGGGGUGCAAACGAGACAAGGGGAGCGGCCGUCCACGCUGCCGCCGCGGAGGAGCUGAGCGGCCCGGCGAAGCAGGGAGGGCUGUGGCGGCAGCGCUGGCACCCCUGGGCCGCCCGCUUGGCACCCCCGGGUGCCCGUCCCGGCGGCAGGUGUUUGUUUUGCCAGCGGAUGAGAUCAGCACAAAGGUCACAGACACCAAGUUAAAGAAAUACAUUUAUCUUUUAAGUUUAAAGCAGUGAAGUAAUAAGUGAAACGAUACAGCAAGAAUAAUGCAGAACAAGGCAGAGCACCUAACCGUUACUGCUUGAGGAUAGCAAUAGUGAUUAAGAAACAUGCAUCACCAGUUUCCCUAAUACUUUACCAUCAUCGAGAUCCGCAGUUGAUGGGGAACCCUGGUUGCAGCGAGGAUUUGCAGAGCCUUUCCUGGCAACUGGGAGGUCCUACACAGUGCGUCCACUUGUAGAGUGUUUCUUCUACGUUUGAGGAAGAACAAAUUCAAGAUUGAAUAGUGGAUUAAGUAGCUGUUUAUCUUUGAAGAGUAACAUAUCCUGAGAACUGGGAAGAACUGGAUUUUCACCCUAGUCCAGCAGCUUUGCUGCUCACUUAAACACAGAUGAAUGAAGACCCCAUUUGGAAAAUCACCAGGUCAGCGAUCCAGAGCUGAUGCAGGUCAUGCAGGAGUCUCUGCCAGCAUGAUGAAGAAAAGAACUUCCCACAAAAAGCACAGAAACAAUGUGGGACCAAGCAAACCAAUUUCUCAGCCACGAAGAAACAUUGUGGGCUGCAGAAUACAGCACGGAUGGAAAGAAGGGAGUGGACCUGUAACACAGUGGAAGGGCACAGUUCUAGACCAGGUUCCUGUAAAUCCCUCUCUUUAUCUUAUAAAGUAUGAUGGAUUUGAUUGUGUAUAUGGACUAGAACUGCACAAAGAUGAAAGAGUUUCUGCACUUGAAGUCCUUCCAGACAGAGUUGCUUCAUCUCGAAUUAGUGAUGCCCACCUGGCAGAUACAAUGAUUGGCAAAGCUGUGGAACAUAUGUUUGAGACAGAAGAUGGCUCAAAAGAUGAAUGGAGGGGCAUGGUCUUGGCUCGAGCUCCUAUUAUGAACACAUGGUUUUAUAUUACCUAUGAGAAAGAUCCUGUCUUGUACAUGUACCAACUCUUAGAUGAUUAUAAAGAGGGUGACCUUCGCAUUAUGCCUGAUUCAAAUGAUUCACCUCCUGCAGAACGGGAACCAGGUGAAGUUGUGGACAGCCUGGUAGGCAAGCAAGUGGAAUAUGCCAAAGAAGAUGGCUCAAAACGGACUGGCAUGGUCAUUCAUCAAGUUGAAGCCAAACCAUCUGUCUAUUUCAUCAAGUUUGAUGAUGAUUUCCAUAUUUAUGUCUACGAUUUGGUGAAGACAUCCUAGACGUCAUUGUGAACUUUGCCAAAUUUGUGGAACUAAUAAAUGUAAAAUUUGUAGACAAUAAGACUUGACUGCUUUCCAGUUUAAUGAAAGCUUAAAUGUCCCUGCGAACCCACAAUCUCUGCCAGCAAAACUGUUUUGUUCUGAAUAAUAGGAGAAAAAUUAUGUGAACAUGACACAUUUUGUGUAAGAGAACUCCUUUUCUUGGAGAAAGUCAGUAUAUCUGGGCAGGAGGGAGUUAAGAGCAAAAAACAGCUGCAAAUUCAAGCUGUGUGAAGUUGAUCUAGUAUUGUAAUCCUUAAUCUAAAUUUUUUCGUAGAUUUUAACUCACUUCAACUUUGCACUCACCUCAUCCAAGUGUAGUUUGAUAUUUUGAUAUGCCUUCUUUUGUAACAUUAAUUUCUUGGCUACUGGCAGUCCUUGUUUUCAGGGUUGGGACAGAAUUGAUGUUUCUGAAAGGUUUGAACGAUUUGUGCAGCAUUAAGGAGUGCCUAACCCAAGUAACACCAGUCUGCUAUGUUUCUACACUUUAAAUUUAGCUUCCUGAGAAUUUGCAGUACAUGGAAAUACUUGUGCAUUUUUAGUAGUCACAUGGCUGUAGGAUAUCAAGUGUUUGACUUGCGCACCUUUCAGUGAAAAGUCUUUAAACUAUAAAAAUAUAUUUAAUCUGUAUAACCAGUUAAUUAGAAAAUGCAAGGUUAAUGGCCCAUAUUUACAAAUUGUAGGAGCCAGUAAAAUACACGCAACAAGGCUGCCUUCAGUCCUAAAUGUUGUACUUCUUUAUUUGUUCGUUACACAAUCUUAGCAAAACCCAAGUGCUUGGUGCCACAAGUUUAACAGUAUAUAUGCUACUUCAGAAGAAUUUAGACUACGCAUUGGCAAUCAGUAGUCCCUCAUCUAAUACAAAAUCCAGCAACCUGAAUGUUUGUGUUAGAUGCCUAACAAUAGUUAAUAUUUUACGUGGUAAAUAUAGUCUCAAGGGGGAUGGAGGGCAUGGAGUCAUUUUUUAUUGAAAUCUUAGUUGUAGAGAAGGAGGGGCGUUUGUUGCCUUCUGCUCAGUCUGUUGCAUUCUGUUGUUGUUUGCUUGAUUUUGCUGUUGUUGUUCUGUUUUGUUUUCUUCUUUGAUUUUUUGUUUGUGUGUUUCUAACCAUUCUGGUUCAAAAAGGCACCUUCCCAACUUAUUCUUUUUCUGGCUUUUCCACAUAAGGAGUGUCCAGACAAAUCUACAGCUUAAAUCUGUUGUUGCCUUUUGUGGUGUACAUUGUACUUGCUUUGCGGUAUGCUGUUACUUGAAUUUCAUUCUGUGAACACUACAGUUCUGCAUGCCAGUGGUGUGCUAUCUCAUGGAAGCUAUAGGCAGUCUCAGUGGUUCAGCCAUCUGCAUUAGAUUGUGAAAGUACAUAGCAGCCCACAGCAGCAAAAUCCUUUCACGGUUUUAAUCUUGCAGGAUAGUUGCAAAUGAAGAUUAGGGUUGUUGGCCUUUUUUUGUUUUGUUUUUGUUUGUUUGUUGUUUGCUUGUUUUCUUUUAAGUGUGGCAGCUUUUGAAAGCAUGAGAAUGGCAACAACAAUCAGCACAGCAACAAAAUUGUCAUGUUACACUAAGGCGGAGCUCUGCAAGUUUCAAAGAACUGCUUCAUGGAAGUGCAGUUUUGUGAAGACAGCGCUGUUGAUGGAACGUGUACUCUGAAAUCCGCCCUUACGCCAUUAGUGGAAAGAUGCAGGAGAGAUGCUGUUAAUCAGAGAUCAGAGGUCUGUGUGGCCUUAGAUUUGGGUUUACUGAAGACUCGGUGGUUUAAGCCCCUUUCUGUCCACUUUUUUGCCUGAUUUCGUAUUUUAGCCUUAAGGCUUGUGCCUCAUUAUGCUGUUGAAUGGUAAUAAAUACGCUCCAUAUAAAUACGAUACCUUAAUUCUUCGUCCAUUGCUAUUAUAUUGCAUUAUGUCUGGUUAUUUCAUCAUGGGCAACCAAAGGCAGGCUAUUGUCUUAUAGUGAAUAGGUUCUCAAUGCAGUCCUUAAGCACUAAGUACCUGAGUAGAUGUUCCUUGUGUUUUGAACAAAGUGAGCAGAUUUGCAACACAGUGUUUUCAUCCUGCAGAUCUGUUAUAUGUGUUUUCUAUUGACUCUUAAGAGUCCUGCAUGUAAAUCUCAAAGCUGAGCCUGGCUCCAUGAGCCCAAGUUGAUUUUUCUGGCACAAGAAUGAGUGAGUGUAUUGAUUAUACACAAGACACACGAAUAGCUUAGUACACUGAAUUUGGGGCUAUACAUCUAAGGAAUAUGUUUGUUUUGAAAGAUCUGAGGUUUAGAUCUACCAGAACAUUUUUAGCAUUAGGCUUGCAUUUGUGGGUUGUCUGCAAGCCACUUUAAUACACCACAUAUUCUGCCAAUUAGAGAAUAAUCUAUAAACUGUAAACUUUAUGGUUGUUUUUAAAUGUCCCCAUUGUCUAUUGUAUGGGUAUUCUUUUCAUCUUUUCUUCUCUUAACUUUUUCUUUCUUUCCUUUUUUUCAGUAGCUUAAACCAACUUUUUGAGGCUUGAGACUAAUUCCACUCCCUGCCCAUCUUCUUUGGGCUUUGUUUUAGGCUCAUGUUUCAGAUCUGCAUGCAGUGCUUGCGUUACCCUGGUAACUAAAUGUUGGUUCCUUGUUCUAGGGGUUCAACAUUACUUUCCAAAAUUACAUAAGGCCUGUGAUGGCACAGGCCAUGGACCUUUGUACAAAAGUUAUUGGCCUUUCACAUUCACCUGCUGUAGUAUUGUUGUAUAUUGUGUGCGUGUGCGUGUGUGGUGUCAGGCUGCCGUGUAAAACUUUUUAAAAGGAAAAAAGUUAAAUGCAGACCAUCCUUUUUUGCAUGCUUUAGAGAGUUAGAACGUUCAAUGUAACAAACUAAAGUUGCAUGUUAAAAAUGUUUAGGUUUUGGUUUUGUUCUGUUUUUAUUUUGUGUUCAGUUUUUUGUGAAUUUGCUUAUUGUGCUGUUUUAAUGGUUGUUAGUAGGAUUAAAUGCACCGGUGAGACAAGCAUAGUGCCAACAGAAGGUAAUUUUCCAGUUGUGUGUGUCAUGCAGCAUUUAAAGGGACCGUGUAUUCUGUUUAACAAAUAAAUAAAAUCACACCUAAUCAGUAAAACACUGCAUCUUUCGAGUGCCAAACCCUAAACUAAGUUGGAGUGAAGUAUGGGGAAGCCCCUUUUUAUUGAAACAGGUAGAUAAUUUCAUUUAAAAAAAGAAAUAAAAAUGAAGGCUUUGUCUUCAGAUAAAAUUAAGUAGUUGCUUAUGGGAAAAGAAUGACAGUAAAAACAGUUUCUGGUUCCUUGAAAAUGCUGUUUUUUGUAUUUUACAUCAUUAGUGCAAUUUGGAUGGUUCUUGGUAUAUGUAUAGCUCAAAGGUCUUCGUGUUCACAUUUUAAAAUUAGGUAAUGACUUCAUCUUUAGAGCUUGGUUUCAUUAUUUUUAUUUUAUUUUGAACAAUGUAGACAGUUCCCUGUUCUCUGCAUUUAGAAGUAUAAACACUUCAAAUCUGUUACUUAAUUCUGUAAGUAAUUUUUAUAAUUAUGAUGUAACUCUAUCCUUAAAACAUUUAAAAUAAACCCUUUAUGUGCAACUUA